AUAAACCACACUGGGUGGUCCAGACAGUGUCAUUUAACACGAUAGAUGCCACCAUGUCUCCUCUUUCUGGUAGUAUUAAGCAGUCAUUUGGAUGAAUAAUUAACGCCGAUGUACUUAACAGUUGCUUAAAUUAGAUAUGUGACAUAUGGUCAAAUAAAAAGUCAUGUCCAAUUUAGAUUAUCAGAAAUUUACACCGUAAAGAUACUAGCCCGAUUAAUUUAUUAAAGUAUUUAAUAAUUAUAAAAUUUACGUAAAAAAACAAGUAACGUUUAUAGCGUGUAUCAGUUAAUUAAAAAGACGUCAUUCCGUAUUAAGAUUUAAUGUUACGACAAUAAACGAUCGACAUCAUAAAAAAGAAAUUACGUUUGACAGCAACGGGGGUAAAUAAUGUUUGAAAAACAAUUAUUUAUACAGAUAUAUGUGUGUUAAUUUUAAUAUUUGUCACUCAUACUCAUUACAAUGAACACAACUAAGGCUUUCAGUAAGUCAUGUACGAGAUGUCCCUACGUAUUUUACAGCUUCACAUUAGCAUGAUAAAUUGACAUAGUAGAAAUAUAAUUUUAAUGUUCGAAGAUGAAUGAACCCUGAAUAGAACGACAAUACUCAUUACAUCAACAUCUACAAGGAUACUCCCAUUAUUACAGAAUAAACGAAUUUACCCGGUGUCUCAGUGAGAAAGUUAAUCAUGAAUGUCGUCGUACUCGAUCAUCGGCCACUUGGUCGCGUCAUUUUUCCAACAUCCAGCUUGCAAUUUGUACGGACAUUCAUUAAGUCCAAUUAGUUUUAUUUUCUGAUCAUAUCGGGCUUUCGAAGUGCAAUCUAACCCUUCAUAAUAGUCAAAAGGCAUUUUAAACACCAAUUACAGGACAUUUAAUUACCUAUCGACUUCCCAAUAGGAAUGCAAUUGACGAAAUAUCAGCAGAGGUGCUCAAUCAGCGUAGUAAAUCGACCGUAUCUAGGGCAUUGUUUUCACCGUCGCUAAGGGACUGCCCCUUUUGUGACGUCAUCGCGAUAAGGUCAAUACCAUUUUACACCACUUAAAGUAACAAUAAUCAGAUAAUCUGUCAGGCAUUCAGAGCUGAUGAGGGUCCUGAUUAGCUAGGGGUAGAUAAGGCUACUACUGAUAGGGGCUGCCUAGAGAUAAGGCUGUAGUAUGGAAUGACCCCUAUUGAUUUUCAGGUCAAAGGUCAAGGUGACAGUGCCAAAGAACGUAUUCACACUAUGGCUGCCACUACAACUGACAGCCCGUAUAGGGGGAAAUGCAUGUUUUACAAACAGCCCUUGUUUUUAAGAUUUUUUGAUGCUGCGUUUUGUGUAAUAAUUCUUACACAUGUAUUGUUGUCAUUGUUGUACCUAAAUCUUAUAUGCGUGGUUGAGUCAUAUAAACAAAUGUUAAGGCCACUUGAACAGAACUGUUGUUUUAUUGUUUAGUAUUUUAUUGUUUUAUAUAUUUCAGAUCCUGAUUUGUACUGAAGGAUUAGCUGCUAUUUGAAUUCUCGUCUGUUUCAGCAUUAUAAACAGUAACAAAAUGGCAACAGGUUCAUUGUCUUCGGUUCCAAAACGUUUGCGUAUGGUUGAAGACUUUUCUUGCACAUGUUGUUUAGAGCAGAAUCUUACGGAAUCUGCAGACAUUUAUUGUGAACAAUGUUUAAGGUUUUAUUGUAAAAAAUGUGUUAUCCUGCAUAGUCAGUUGUUUACAAAACAUAUGACAUGUGGAAGGGAGGAUAUUAAGAAAUGGCCAGUUUCUAAGGCGGUGGAAGAUUUUCUCAGGAAGUGUGAGGUGCAUGCGGAUGAAUCACUGACACAGUUUUGCCAUGACCACGGUCAGCUGUGCUGCUCUGCAUGUGUUGGAACAAUUCACAGCCAGUGCAGUAAAGUGACCCAGAUUUCGGAGCUGACCAACUCGCAGCCCACAGGCCUAGAGGGGCUGUCAGUGGAGCUGGAAACUGUCCUGGGGGAAAUUAAAACCCUGCAAAUCAGUCAGAAGGCCAGCAUUCAGUCAUUGCAGAGAACAUACAAGGAACAUAGUGCAGUUAUGAUAGAGCAAAUGCUUGGCAAUUUAAAUACUUAUAUAGAUGAAUGUGAUAAUAAUUCUGUGGGUACAUCAGGCGGAAAUGAGCAAUAUUUAAAAGAAGAGAUGUGUAGGAGUGUUCUCUCUAUCGUGAAUGAAUUUGAUAAUAUUACUACGAAGGAACUUAACGAGAUGAAAGAUGAAGUUUUAAGUAUUAAAGAGUCAGUUACAAGUUCUAUUCAUAAAUGCACCACUCUUCACAAUGACUUGUCACAAUUCCAUGAACUUGUUCAGAAAAUUGGAGAUAAUAAGGAGCUCUGUCUUAUAGCCAGCAUAAAAUGUAAGCAUAUAAUACAGCAAGCAUUGACUCUGCUAGGAAAGUCAGGCAAGGUGUUUAAUGUCCAGCAGAAGUCUGUGCACAAUGUGAGAAUACCAUGUGAUUCAGUUACAUGUGAUAUCUCAGGCAUAUGUGUUCUUCCAGAUGGACAGGUCCUGGUUGCAGACAUCGAUAAUAAGAGAGUCAAGCCUCUGAGCCAGCAGUACCAGGUGGUGAGUCACUGGGAUGUGAAUGCUUAUCCACGGGCCAUAUGUUUGAUCACACCCAGUGAGGUUGCAGUGGCUGUGAAUGACCAUGAUAGCAAGAUACAUGAGGUCCAGUUUAUCACUGUCAACCAGGGAAAGCUUGUUUCUGGCAGGAAGUUUCAGUUACAACAUGAAUGUAGAGGUAUUGCCCAUCAAAAUGGAGACCUUUUUGUCACCUCUGGUAAAGAAUUGUACAAAUACUCACUGAAUGGCAAACUGAUCUGCAGACUCUACCAAGAUAGAUCAGGUGAUUUGACAGCAACAUAUGCGUAA